AUGGCCAACGCUCCUUCGCCACCACCGCCACCGCCACAACCUCCCAAUUCCAUAAGAAUCGACGGCGCAGAAGAAGACGCUGCUCUCUCAUCCUCUGCAUACCUAACUCACCAAGAACUCUUAACUCGUCGAUCUCGCCGAUUCAAGCAACUCGUUCAGAUCUUCAGAGCCCAUUACUGGACCUUAAUGGAAGAGCUCAAAAUCAAACACAAAGAGUAUUACUGGAUGCAUGGGAAAAGCCCAUACAAAGAAGAUGAGAAAAACAAGAAAAGAAAGAGAGAUUUUAACAAUGAUAAAGAUAGUUUUGAAUUGAAUGCGAGAUUAGGGAUCAAUGAUGGCGGCGAAGAAGCGGAGGCGGAGGAGAGAGAGGAGGAAGGGGUGAGGAAGUGCUCGGCUAGUGGGUGUAAAGCGAAAGCAAUGGCUUUAACGAGGUUUUGUUAUACACAUAUAUUGUCGGAUUCUAAACAAAAGCUUUAUAAAGGUUGCGACUAUGUUGUUAAAAGUGCACAGGGAAGGCGUGUCCUUUGUGGGAAACCAGUUCUGAUAUCAACUGUCCCCUCCCUCUGUCCUACGCAUUUUCAAAAGGCUGAAAGACAUGUAGCAAGAGCCUUGAAAAAGGCAGGUCUCAAUGUCUCUUCACCAAGUAAGAUUGCUCCUAAGUUGCAUGUGAUAGUCACAGAGUUUGUCCGCCAAAUCCAAACCAAAAGAAGAGCUGCACUAAACGAAAAUAUAUCUGAAGAUCACAUUAAGGAGGAUAAAAUUUCCCAAGGCUCUUGA